AGAAGCUAGAUAACAACCACCCUUUGACAUUUCUCUAUUCAGUAACAAAAUCAUCGAACCAAACAACCCGUUCUAUCAAUUAAAGAUCACAGCCCCUGGAUCAUCCAGCACAACACAAGCACAAACCCCAUAUGUUUGUGAAACCUAGAAUAUAUAUCCCUGAAUUCUCAUACUCCCAUUUCCGAGUUUUCUUCAUAUAUAGCAUCCUUAUUAGUUUGUUCAUCGAUUUGUGGUUAUAAUGAUGGCUAGGCUCGAGACAGACCAGCUCAAACAGCUUAAAGACAUCUUCAUGCGGUUCGACAUGGACUCCGACGGCAGCCUAACCCACCUGGAGCUGGCCGCCCUGCUCCGCUCCCUAGGCGUCAAGCCCCAGGGAGACCAGCUCCACAUGUUAAUGGCCAACAUGGACGCCAAUGGAAACGGCGCCGUUGAGUUCGAGGAGUUGGUAAGCGCCAUCAUGCCGAACAUGAACGACGAGAUUCUUGUCAACCAAGAGCAGCUCAUGGAGGUGUUCCGGUCGUUCGACCGCGACGGUAACGGCUACAUAACGGCGGCAGAGCUGGCCGGGUCGAUGGCCAAGAUGGGCCACCCCUUGACGUACAGGGAGUUGUCAGAUAUGAUGAGGGAGGCGGACACCAACGGUGACGGCGUCAUCAGCUUCAACGAGUUCGCCACCAUCAUGUCUCGGUCCGCCGCUAACUUUCUCGGAAUCUGACAACAAUGGAGGGCGCCACUGUAGGGGUAUUUUCGUCAUUAUGGGAUGAUUUGACUUUUUCACGCUGACUUUUAUUAGUUGGAAUUUUUUUUUAAUUUUUUUUUUCUUUUUAUGUGCAUAUUUUGAUAUAAAGAAUUUCAGUGUACGUUAUUUGAAGAAGACAAAAAGUCCGUCUAUGCUCACAAAUUGCGUUCUAGUUCAUUAAGAUUAGAAUUACCAAAUGAAUAGAAACUUUUAAAUUCUGUGUCAUCAUAAAAUUUGUGUUACUAUUUGAAUUUUGUUCAGAUUUACUUUUAUUUAAUUAAUUCUUAUGAUCUCAUCAAUUUCUAA